AUAAUAGUCAGUCGAAAUGUCGAUUUCCUUCUUCUUUAGUCACACGCAUCAAAUAUCGAUAAUAGGAGACGCAACCAAUAGUUGAUCAUUUCGAAAUUAGCACGCCACCCAACAACCUUUCCCUUAUCUUGUUCCUUCUUCAAAGUUAAAAAGUUCAUUCUCGAUCAACACGAGGGAGAAGAGGCUGGGGACAAUGGCCAAUACUCCGUUUUAUUUUGUAUCUCUUUUGUUACUUUUGGGUGCCAUUUCAGCCUUUCACCAACAGGUAGUUGCAGUCAAACCAGUUCCCAGUCUCAAACUUAACUCUCAUAUCCUUCAGGAGUCAAUCACUAAACAGGUAAACGAUGACCCUAAUGCUGGUUGGGAAGCUACCAUGAAUCCUCGAUUUGCUAAUUAUACCGUUGGGCAAUUUAAGCACAUUCUUGGAGUCAAACCAACACCUCAAAAGGAUUUGGAGAGUAUCCCUCUUAUAACUCAUCCAAAAUUAUCUAAGUUGCCAACUAGUUUUGAUGCAAGAACUGCUUGGCCACAGUGUAGCACAAUUGGAAGAAUUCUAGAUCAGGGUCACUGUGGUUCUUGUUGGGCGUUUGGUGCUGUUGAAGCACUAUCAGAUCGUUUUUGCAUCCAUUUUGGCAUGAACAUAUCUCUCUCUGCUAACGAUCUCGUAGCAUGCUGUGGCUUUAUGUGUGGCUCUGGUUGUGAUGGGGGGUAUCCAAUUUAUGCAUGGCGAUACUUUGUCCACCAUGGUGUUGUCACUGAAGAGUGUGACCCAUACUUUGAUGAUAUUGGCUGUUCCCACCCUGGUUGUGAGCCUGCAUAUCCUACUCCCAAGUGCGUUAGGAAGUGUGUAAACAAGAACCAGCUAUGGAGGAAUUCAAAGCACUAUGGUGUUAGUGCAUAUAGAAUCAGUUCUGAUCCAGACAGUAUCAUGGCAGAAAUUUAUAAGAAUGGACCAGUUGAGGUCGCCUUCACCGUUUAUGAGGAUUUUGCUCACUACAAAUCUGGGGUUUACAAACACGUUACUGGUGAUGUAAUGGGCGGUCAUGCUGUAAAGCUAAUUGGGUGGGGGACAAGUGAUUCUGGGGAGGACUAUUGGCUUCUUGCGAAUCAGUGGAAUAGAGGCUGGGGUGAUGAUGGUUACUUCAUGAUCAGAAGAGGGACAAAUGAGUGUGGUAUUGAAGACGAUGUGGUUGCAGGGUUGCCUUCAACCAAAAAUCUUGUAAGAGAGGUUGCAAUUGCUGAUACUGCUGCAGAUGCGUCGGUUUGACUGUAAAUUAUUCAUCACAUAAGGAGUUUUAUUUAUGACUUUUGUGACUGGAAGUGGUAAAAUAUAGGUAACUAUGCCAUCAAGGCAUGGAAUGGUACCAACCAAAUGUUGGUUGUGUCGUGUGUGAGUACCGAUGAGACUAUAAUUGAUUCUGUACAAUAACUCUUAUUGAGAUUGGGGUAUUGGAUCCAUCUAUACAAAAGAAUAAGGUCCUAUUGAUGCAAUCA